AUGAACGACGACAAAAACGACGGGCUUCUCGUCCCAAUCGACUUCAACAAUGUCAGCGGCGGUAGACGCGAGUCGAGGAUCGACAAGUACGCCAAGCGCAGCUCGCAAAUGUUAAUCCCAUUUAGCGUCGUGGACUUUCGGCAUUCACAGGCGUUGACCCCGGCAUCACCGCGCUAUCCGAUGCAGGCUUUGCAAGAAGGCGGACGCGGACUCGCGAGGAUCGACUCCAUUGAUACUAUCACGGCUGAGAAGCAGGAGGCUGCUGUUCACGAGGAGGAAGUACUUGGGAGUACUGAGAUCUAUGAUAAGGAUGGCAACAUUCGGCUUGUACCGACUCCUACUCCUGACCCCAAGGAUCCGCUGAAUCUGCCUGAAUGGCGCAACGCAGUCGGCUCCGUCUCACUCGCUGCCGAAAUCGCUGUUGCCGGCCUCUUGCCCGUGUUCAUUCUUGAGUACUCUGGAGUCGAUCCAGCUUCAACUCUGAAGCAUGCCGACCUCAAGGGCAACCCGGACCCUCUUGGCGUUGUGCCGGCCGGCGUGACUCCUGUCUCUCUGACUUCCGUCUCUCUACUAGCAACGAUUCCCAUGCUUAGUAAUGGCGUUGCCACUUAUCUCCUGGUCCCUCUUACGGCUGCUAUUGGAAGGCGUCCUGUGCUCAUCCUCACAUCGGCCUUCUCGUGGGGCGGGGGGUUCUGGGCCGGAUACAGUAAGUCACUCACUAGUCAUAUUGCUGCCCGAGUCUUCCAUGGGCUAGGAUCUGGUGCUGUCGAGGCCUUGCUUCCCUUGAUUGUCCAAGACAUGAUGUUUUUGCACAAGAGGAACAAAGCUGUGGCGUCAAUCAUUGCCAGUCAGGGCCCAAUGAUUAUGCUCUUCGGGAUUCUGGGUCCAUAUAUCGCCGUCAACUGGGACUGGCGCUGGAUCUACUGGAUCACCUCUGCCGUUGGUGUUCUCACCUGGAUUAUGCUCAUCUUAUUCGUCCCCGAAACCCUCAGACAGAGAUCCAAAGCUGAGCUUGCCGGACACCAGCUUUGGCCCAUAGCUGCCGGCGAGGACCGUACUCAGCUGGAUUACGCCACGUACGGUACACGAACGAGGUGGGAUGAUCUUGGUUUCUUCCAGAAUGGGACUCACUGGAAAGAUGCCGGCCUCCAGAUCAUUGCCACUCUGAAGACGACCAUGUUUCCUGCCGUCUUAUGGUGUACCCUAUUGCAGGUUGCUUUUGGGAUGGUUAUGGGUGCGACUGGGCAGGCGACCUCGUUCGCUCUACUUGCUGCUGGUAUUCCCUUCGAACUGACUGGGCUUUCCCAGAUCCCGCAAGUCUUAUCAACUAUCGUCGUAUUCGUUGUCGGCGGCCCAGUCGCUGACUCCGUAUCCCUCUGGAUCUCAAAGAAGAAAGGCGGCCGUGAAGCCGAGCAUCAGCUCCCCAAUCUCAUCUUGCCCAUCUUCUUCGCCAUCACGGGUGCUCUGGUCUUUGGCUAUGCCGACCAGAACCAUCUUCACUACGCCGUCUUACUUCUCGGAACCUUCUUUCUCAUGACAUCUACCUUGAUCACAGCGCCAAUCGUGCAGAACUAUGUCAUUGAGAGUUACCCCCAGUGGGCUGGUCCCGUGUUGGUUAAUGUCUCCACCUUGCGUGUUUUCAUAUCCUUUCCCUUCAACACACAAGUGACAACUUGGCUUCAAGAAUUGGGACCUAUGAAGUUCACAAUCUAUUUGUCCAUUAUGCUCUUGGUUGUAUCUACCGGCAUUCCUCUUCUUUUCAUUUUUGGCAAGAAGUUGCGCAUUAAGACAUCGGAUAAAGUUGCAAAGAGGCAGUAGAAUAUUUGAUAUUGGGCACUCAGCCUAGGACAAGAGUUCUCUGAGAAAGCUAGGGCGAAAGAUUUCGGUUGGGAAUCAUUGGGAGGAUGGCAUCAACCCUAUCUAUAUGCAAAGGUGCUGAGUAGAGGAUGAAAAGCUAAUGAGGAACGGUAAGAAAAAUGAUUUGAAUAACUCCAGUUCAUAAAACGGCGCGAGAGCGUUUGUCGCUGAAACGUAAUGAGUAGAAAGAAAGUAGGAAUAAUACAUCUAGCAUACUUUUGGC